UGAGACGCAUCGCCACUCCAGAUUCAAUAUAAGGGCACUCUUGUGGUCGUCUCUUCACUGCAGUGGGUGUCCCAUUGACCGUCACACGACCUCACGUGCAGAUCCUCUUGACUCUCGAUCAGAUCAGAAGAAAGAGUCGACUCGAAGAUAGGUUGGGUCGCAAUGGAAGGUCCAGAUCAGAUUGGUCCCGAGAUGGGACCUAAAAGAACAUGGACGGACAAGCUCAGACGGAUCAAGAAGACCUUGACCACCAAGGAUGGAAUCAUUGGGGAUUAUGACUAUGCCUUUCUCUUCACUCCCAAUCUCCCCUUCAUGAAGCGGUCCCGUCAGUCAGCGCCCUUCUUUGGGCUGCACGAUAAAAUGCCAGUCGUACUGGCCUUGCUGCUCGGGCUGCAACAUGCACUGGCAAUGUUGGCUGGCGUUAUCGCUCCGCCCAUUAUCCUUGCCGCUUCCGCGAACUUCUCAGCAGAGAUCACCCAGUAUCUGGUGUCAACCUCCCUCAUUGCAUCAGGAAUGCUCUCGGCCAUCCAGAUCACCCGCUUUCAUAUCUGGAAGACUUCCUAUUAUGUCGGAACGGGUCUGAUCUCCGUCGUUGGAACGUCCUUUUCUAUCAUCCCCAUUGCGACUGGAGCGCUGUCUCAGAUGUACAAGACGGGAUAUUGCCCCGUCGAUGAAGCCGGUAAUUCACUGCCGUGCCCUCAUGGCUACGGUGCUAUCCUCGCGACGGCUGCGCUGUGUUCACUACUGGAAAUCGGCCUCUCAUUCACAAGCACCAAAGUCCUCAAGCGCAUGUUUCCCCCGCUGGUGACGGGCCCCACAGUCCUACUGAUCGGUGCCAGUCUGAUCGAAACCGGAUUGAAAGACUGGGCUGGUGGUUCGGGCAACUGUGGCACCGACCCCUCUGCUCGUGCACUAUGUCCCAGUGCGGACGCUCCCCAUGCCUUACCCUGGGGUAGCGCAGAAUUUAUCGGUCUGGGAUUUCUCGUCCUUGUCACUAUCGUCCUUUGUGAGCGGUUUGGUUCGCCCAUUAUGAAGUCUUGUGCUGUGGUGGUUGGUCUGCUAGUCGGAUGUAUCGUCGCAGCGGCCUGUGGAUACUUUGAUCGCUCUGGAAUCGAUCAAGCGCCGGCUGCAUCCUUCAUCUGGGUCCAUACAUUCCCACUGAAGAUUUAUCCUCCUCUGAUUCUACCGUUGCUGGCCGUCUACCUUGUCUUGAUGAUGGAAGCCAUCGGUGAUGUGACAGCCACUUGCGAUGUCUCCCGCCUGGAUGUGGAGGGGGAAAUGUUCGACUCGCGGAUCCGGGGAGGCGUGCUCGCUGAUGGUUUCACCGGUCUGCUGGCCUGUCUAUUCACCAUCACGCCCAUGUCGACUUUUGCCCAGAACAACGGUGUCAUCGCGCUGACGAGAUGCGCAAACCGGAAGGCCGGCUACUGCUGCUGCUUCUUCCUCAUCAUCAUGGGCAUCUUCUCCAAAUUCGCCGCUUCCCUUGUCGCCAUUCCGUCCCCUGUCAUCGGUGGAAUGACUACCUUCCUUUUCUCCUCCGUCGCUAUCUCCGGCAUCCGCAUCAUAUCUUCAGUACCCUUUACCCGCCGUAAUCGCUUCAUCCUGACGGCCUCAUUUUCCGUUGGUAUGGGAGCUACUCUCGUGCCGGACUGGUUCUCCUACUUCUUUACCUAUUCUGGUUCCAACAAGGGUCUGCUGGGUCUCCUCAACGCCAUCGAGCUCAUCAUGGAAAAUGGAUUUGCUGUCACAGCCUUCCUCAGUCUGAUCCUCAAUCUGCUUCUACAAGAAGAGCCAGAAGACGACGUGGGUGUCAUCACUGCGGAUCUCGCUGACGUUGCGGACGACCAACGCGAGUGGAACCAGAUCCGCCAUAAUAACGCAGAGAGAAACGGCGAGAAAGGCGCGGGCGUAGAUGUGGAUGCCCCUCCCGAUAAGAAUCCAGGGUCGGCAUCGAAUUCUCUGACACUAUAGGCGAUCUUUUUGAUGUUGAUGAUUGUUAUUUUUACGGGCCGAUGGUCGAGCAGGGAGCUCCCAGAAAUCUUUUCGGCAACAUGUUAUAUAUUUUCAUUUCUAGAUAUCCAUUUCGUUUGGCAACAUGGCAUAAUUUUCGAUUUUCCUGUUUCUUUAUUCAGCAUCAAACCAUAAUAAUCUCAUUGGGGGGCUU